AUGAUGCAUAAAAAUCAGCUCAUUUUCACCUGCCUAAAGGGAGUUUCUAGAGAGGCGGCGAAAAAAGCAGACGCGACCGCCACAAUAGAAGAAGAUAAAAAAAUUGAAGGGUUGGCAGACACGAAGAACCAGUCCAAUCAGAAGGCGGCAGAGGUUAGCAGCGCUGAAGGAAGUGUGCAAGGCGUGGUACAAAGAUCGGAUACAACGCAGCUGGAAAAUAGUGGUUUGGAAGUGUGGACGAUCGUGGAUUCAAAGAAAAAUAGACAAAGGGAAAGAGGAGCGGAAGAAGAUAUAGACGUCGAAGGUAAAAGAAGAGAUAGAAAGGAGAAUAAAGGAAAUGAAUUGGAAAGUAAUGCUUGUAGUUCUAAUACAGAGAUGCACGUGGCGGAAACAAACGAUACGCCAUUAGCGGAAUGCACAAAUGACAAACGGACAAAAGACAAAGGAACCUUGAGAAGUAAGGAAAACAAGAAGGAAAAACGAGAAGUUGGAAAAGAAUAUAGACAAAGAAGGAGACAAAGAGUCACAAUUUUACUAAAAAAGACCUCGAACAGUAAAAUAAAAAGACACAAUGUUAUUAGAAUAUAUAAGUGUAUGGGAAAGGAGGAAAAAUAUGUUCGAGGGUUUAAGAUAGUUGGUUUUAAUACGGCGGAGCUGACCUUUGGUAACAUGGACGCGGCGAACCGCAUUCUGGAAAGAUCAGAAGAGGAAGCAGCCCAGUUUGAGGCAUACCUACCAGAAAGGAAAAAGAAGGAAAAAGUAAUCAAGAAAGUAAUGACGUACAAAAACGUGGCGUAUGCCACAGCAGGUGAUAUUGUCUUGAAUGAGUUGGGCAUAAAAGGACUGGGUGAAUACGAGGGAAGAGGUCCGGAAAGCAGGGACUUCCCUGCACUAAGGAUUAAAAAGAAGGAGUUUUGGGAGAAAAAGGAGAUACCGAUAGAGGAGGAGCUGGAAGGAAGAAGGAAAUCAAUGCAGGAUAUGGAACACAGAGAUAAGGAGAGACAAAGGUGGAACAAAGUGGAGAGAAGAGAAGAGAGAAGCGGAAAAAGAAAGAAGAGAGGAAGAAAGAAGACGAAAAAGGCUAGAAGAGUUGAAGAAGGGAGCCUUUGGAGUCCUCUUCUGUAG